UGCUGAGCACACCCAGCAGCAUCCUGCGGGACUGGGAGAUGGACGAGCUGGGUCCGCAGCUGCCCCCGCGGCUGACGCAGCAGCCCUGGCACCUGCUCUACUCCACCGCCCGGGACGGCUUCAGCCUGCGGACGCUGUACCGGAGCGGGACCCGGCCGGACUCCCCGGCCCUGCUGCUCAUCAGGGACACGGAGGCGCAGGCCUUCGGUGCCUUCUCCGCCAGCGCCAUUCGCAGCAGCAGCGGCUUCUACGGCACGGGGGAGACUUUCCUGUUCUCCUUCUGCCCCGAGCUGAAGGUGUUCAGGUGGACGGGCAGGAACGACUUCUUCGUGAAAGGGGAUGUGAAUCUUCUGAUGAUCGGUGGGGGCAGCGGCAGGUUUGGGCUGUGGCUGGACGGGGAUCUGCACCACGGAGGCAGCCAGCCCUGCGAGACUUUCGACAACGAGACCCUCUCACACCAGGAGGAGUUCUGCAUCCAAGAUCUGGAAAUGUGGGGUCUGGCCUGACCCCAACAAAGACACUCAAGGAAAAAGGUGCUAGAGAGGGGAUGAUUUGGACUGAUGUCGGACACAGCUGUUCCCUGACAUCACCCGAAGAGCCUGCGGGAUGCUACCAGCCUUACCCCUCCUCCUCCUUUCACUUGUUACCGAUAACAUCCCGAUUUCAUGGGGAAAGAACAGCCGGUGGGGGCAGAAUGAUUGGAAAAAACAGCAGUGGGGUCUCAGGCCUGCAGUGUUGCCAUGUGGCUGGGGAGCCAGUAUGCAUGGGCCCACAGUGGCAUAAAAGCUAAAACCCAAGGCAUCAUUUGCACAAUUAACCCUAAACGUAACUCUAACCUUACUGCAACCCUAAGCCCAAGCCCAACCCCAAGCCACAUGGCUGGGACGAGGCAGAGCUGCCCCAGGAAGAGUGCACGUGGCAGAGCUGGACACAGCAGGGCCCCACACAGAGAAAGAAGCUUCAAGAGCAGUGACAUUUGUACGACUGAGCAAGCCCAGGCAGCCUCUGUCCCCGGGGCCAGCUCUGGCAGUGCUGGGGACAGCACAGUCACCAUUCCUCAAUAAACUCCUGGCCUCA